UUUACAGACGAGGUGAGAUCUUCUGGCUGUCGGAACGCUGCUCGCAACGAUGCCGCUGUCUGGACAUCGACAACGAGGUGAUCUGCCAAGAUGCUGAGUGUGGCCAAAUGGAGACCUGCGAGCAGCAGGAUGGAGCAUUCUAUUGCCAGCCCACUCGUAGCAGUACCUGCGUAGUGUUCGGCGACCCCCACUACCACACCUUCGACGGUCUGCUCUACCACUUUCAAGGGACCUGUACCUACCUCCUGGCUCGGCCAUGCUGGGAAGCGGCAGGGCCGCCCUUCUUUAGUGUGGAAGCCAAAAACGAGGACCGCGGCGUGUCCGCCGUCUCCUGGCUGAGAGACGUAACCGUGGAGGUCUACGGUCACAGAGUCACCUUGCCGAAAGGAAGCUUGGGAACUGUUAAAGUGAAUGGUUUAGUGAAGACUUUACCGGUUCAUCUUCAGCUGGGCGCUGUUAGGGUCUACCAGUCGGGGGUGGCUGUUGCUUUGGAAACAGACUUUGGACUUCUGGUGACGUACGACGGCCAGCAUUACGCUUCCAUCUCCCUGCCGAGCUCUUACUUCAACAACACGUGCGGCCUCUGCGGGAACUACAACGACGACCCCGCCGACGAUCCCGUCCUUCCCGACGGCACCCUUGCGGAAACUGUAGCCCAACUGGGCGGCGGCUGGCGAGCGGAGGGCGCAGACUGGCAUUGCACUGACGGUUGUGUGGACAACUGCACCGUGUGCGACGCCACGACGGAGGCCUUCUUCUUUGGCCCAGACUACUGCGGAUUCAUUAACAAAACGGACGGACCGUUCCGGGACUGCAGAGCUGUGGUGGAUCCUACCGCCUUUGUGUUUAGUUGCGUUUACGAUAUGUGUAGCAACAAGGACAACAUCACCACACUCUGCCAGGCCAUUCAGGCUUACGCUCUGGCCUGUCAGGCACUCGGAGUUACCAUUCGUCCCUGGAGGUCUCGUACCUUCUGCGCCCUGCCGUGUCCACCGUUCAGCCACUACCAAGUGUGCACCAGCGCCUGCCCAGCCUCCUGCUCGGACGUCACCGCUCCCUUGUACUGCGCCCACCCUUGCACCGAGGGCUGCCAGUGCGACCGAGACUACCUCUUAAGCGGCAGUCACUGCGUACAGCGUGACGACUGUGGCUGCGAGCACAACGGCCUCUAUUACCCGCUCAAUGACUCUUUUUGGGCCAGCCCCGACGGCGAAGAAGGCGAAUGUAGCCUCCGCUGCACCUGUGCGGCCGCGGGUGAAAUCUCUUGCUUCAACGGCUCUUGCAAGGAGGGCGAGGUGUGCACGGCGGAGGUGGGCGCGCUGGGUUGCUACCCCCGCCGGGAGGGGCUGUGUUCAAUGGCUCAGAACGCUGUGACAUCAUCCUUUGACGGCGCCUUCCUGCUGUUCCCAGAUGACAGCUCCUACUACCUGCUGAGGCUGUGUGGCGAUGUGCCAGCUAAUGGCUCAAUGGUGGAGGUGAAGAUAGGCAGACGGCUGGUGAACAAAGGCCUUGCUUGGAAAAGACCUGUGGUAGUUACGGUUUCUAGCCUGGAGGUUCACGUGGGAGGGCUGGAUUUAGAAACAGUCAAGGUCAACGGAGAACCGAUCGCCCUCCCUUACGUGCAUUCGACGCAAACCGUAAAGGUUUACCGAACGUCUGCGAACGCCACCGUGGUGGAAUUCCGUGACCAUCUUCGUGUUCACUACACGCAAGCGGGAUCCAUCAACAUCUCUCUCUCUACUGUAUUCUACAAUGUCACCUGCGGUCUGUGCGGAGUCUUCAACGGCGACCCCGCCGACGACUUCCGCCUCCCCAACGGACGCCUGGCCGAGUCGGCCUCCCAGUUCUCAGAGGGCUGGCGGUCUAUCGCCGAUGACAUCACCUGCAACGGAGACUGUGACGACUUGUACCGUACGUGCACCGACCUGCGCCUCUACCAGAGUCCGUGGAUGUGCGGGAACAUCAACGACCCCGGGAACAGUUCUUUCUUGGCGUGCCACGGUGUGGUCAAUCCUUCGCCAUUUUUCCGGAACUGCUUAUACAACAUGUGCGUCAAGGGCGGCAACCGCUCUGCCCUGUGCUCCUCGCUGCAAGCUUACGCCGCCGCCUGCCAGGAUGCUCAAGUGGUCCUCGCUUCUUGGAGAAUGGCCACCAACUGUCCGCUUCCCUGUCCAGCCAACAGCCAUUUUGACGAGUGCACCAGCGCUUGCCCCCUGACGUGCGCCGGCCUGGACGAGCUGGAGGUGCCGUGCCCGUUGCCAUGCGGCGAAGGUUGCCGCUGUAAGGACGGCUUUGUCCUGCGGGACGGCCUGUGCGUGUCCCGCGGCGACUGCGGCUGCGCCGGCCCCGACCUCGACCGUCGGAUACCCGGCAAUCACACUUUCUGGACGGACCGGGACUGCCUGGAACGCUGCUACUGCAACGCUUCGGACAACAGCGUGUAUUGCCUGGCGGCGCCGUGCCACCCCGAGGAGUACUGCCAGGAGGACAAUGGGUUGUACUACUGCCGGCCUCGCAACGAGGCACUUUGCGUGGUGGCCGGUUAUGGCCACUUUCUGCCGUUCAGCGGCGGCAUGUUUGAGUUGCAAAGUUCUUGUAGCCUGAGCUUGGCCACCAGCCACUGCGGGAGCAGCGACAUUGCAGGCAUGCCUGGUAUCUUGCCUCCGUUUAAACUGUUAGCUCUUAAUGAGGAGAGGGACACCAGCCAAGCAGUUUGGGUGAGAGGCUUCGUGCUGGAGGUUUAUGACUUUGAGAUUGAGGUUUCUCGAAGUUACAAGAACACCGCCAUGGUAAAUAAGGAGCGCUUGCACUUUCCCAUAAAGCUCGGCCUGGGGAAGAUCAGCAUCUUCACUUUGGGUGUGCUGCUUGUGGUCCUGGAGACGGACUUUGGUCUUAAGGUGGUCUUCGACUGGAACACCCUGCUUCUGUUGACUUUACCCCGUCAGCUGUACAACGCUUCCUGCGGCCUUUGUGGGGGCUUUCGCUCAGUCCCGGCCACCCACAACUCCGACGACUGGGGCGCGACCUGGGCCGAGAGGGACGCUUUCUGCCGGGUGGGCUGCGGCGAUUCAUGCCCAAGGUGCGGCCCCCCGGGGGAUAAAAAUCCACCGGACGAUGGCACCAUCGCUUCGGCCGAUGAUGACGACAGCACGGAAGACGAGCGCAGCGCCGAACUCCGCUUCCACCUGGGAGAUGGUCUUUACGUGUUUGCGGAGCCAGAGGCGGCGAGGCUGUGCGCCCUGAUAGUGGUUCGAGAGGGCGCGUUUGCACGCUGUCACAGCAAGGUGGCGCCAGAGUUGUUUUACCAAGGCUGCCUGCGGGACGUCUGCUUGGACGGGGGUGCUCAGGAAACUGUUUGCAGCUGGCUCCAGGCCUACGCCACCACCUGUCAGACACAAGGGGUUCCUACCAUCGGCUGGAGGGGCGAUGCACCAUGUGUCCAGAGGUGUCCGCCCAACAGCCAUUACUCCAGAUGCGUGCCGGUCUGCCCGCCCCAGUGCGCCCCCGCCCGCAGCCAGAGGGACUGCAGCCAGGAAUGCGUUGAGGGCUGCCACUGCGACCAGGGCUACGUCCUCAACAGCAAGAGUUGCAUCCUGCCUCAAGACUGUGGCUGCUACACUGACGGAAAAUACUACGAGCCCAAACAGCUGUUCUGGAACGGCGAUUGCACCAAGCGUUGCCAGUGCAUCGGCCGCAACCUGGUCCAGUGCGACCCGCGGCGCUGCAAAGCAGACGAGGAGUGCGGCCUGCGCCACGGCGUGCGCGGUUGCUUUGCGCGACGCUCCCAGCAGUGCGUGGCGUCGGGCGGCGGUGUAUUCAAAACCUUUGACGGUGCCUCGCUUCGCCUGCCCGCCUCCUGCUCCUUCGUGCUGUCCACCAACUGCCACAAGCUGCCCGACCUCUCCUUCCAGCUCAUUGCCAACUUUGACAAGUGGAGCUCGCCCAACCUCACCACCAUCUCUCACGUCUACCUCUACAUCAACGAGGAGAACAUCCUCAUCUCGGGCAACACGGUCAAGGUGAACGGCACGCCGGUGUCGGUGCCGUUUGUGACGGGUCUGAUGACACGCCUGUCGUCGUCGGAGGGCUUCGUCGACAUCGACUCGCCGCAGGAUAUCCGUGUGCGCUACAACCGCUUCAACACGCUGAGCGUCAGCAUGGGCACGCGGCUGCAGGACAAGCUGUGCGGCUUGUGCGGCAACUUCAACGGCGACCCCAGCGACGACUACAUCACUUCAACGGGGAGGGCGGCUGCCAGCGCUCUGGAACUGGCCCAGAGCUGGAAGACCAACGGUAUGCAAGACAGGUGCGACGAGACUCAAUACGUGGCCCUGGCCCAGUCGUGCGGCAACGCUGCCGUGUUGGCGCUGCAGCGCGAGGACACGUGCCUGAAGCUGACUGAGCCCAAGGGAUUCUUUCAGCCGUGCCACGGCCUGCUGGACCCGCGGCCCUUCUACCGUUCCUGCUACCUGGACGGCUGCUACAACCGGCGCGGUGCCCAAGUGUGCGGCUCGCUGGCCGCCUACGCCGAGGCCUGCCGCUCCAUGGGCGCCCUCACCACCAGUUGGAUCGCCCAAGAGAACUGCUCAGAAUGGAUCUACGACCCCUGCGCAACGGAGACCUGCACCAACUUCACAUGCGAGCUGGAGAAUGAUGGUGACUUGUGCGGUUGCCCCGAGAUGCCCGCCAGCCAUGAAGGCGAUGACGACGUCAUCGAGGCGGAGGUGACGUGCAAGACCGCCGUGAUGGAGGUAUCCAUUUCCAAGUGUAAGCUCUUCCAGCUGGGCUUUCAGCGCGGCGAUGUCCGCGUCAAUGACCAAAGCUGCGCCGGCUUGGAGGGAGAGGACUACAUCGCGUUCCACAUCAACAACACCAAAGGACACUGCGGCUCCAUUGUGCAUUCAAACGGUACGCACAUCAUGUACAAAAACACCGUGUGGAUCGAGAGUGUCAACAACACAGGCAACGUCAUCACUCGGGACAAAACCAUUAACGUGGAGUUCUCCUGCGCCUACGAGUUGGACCUGAAGAUCUCGCUGGAGACGGUCCUCAAACCUAUACUCAGCGUGAUCAACCUCACCCUGGCCACCCAAGCGGGUAAUUUCAUCACCAAGAUGGCGUUGUACAAGAACGCCUCGUACCGCCAGCCGUACAGGGAGGGCGAGGUGGUCCUCAGCACUAGGGACAUCCUGUACGUGGGCGUCUUUGUGGAGGGCGCUGACGAAAACCAGCUCAUCCUGGUCGUCAACAUGUGCUGGGCCACACCAUCGCGCAACAGCAGCGACCGGCUGCGCUAUGUCAUCAUAGAGCGAGGAUGUCCCAAUAUCAAGGACACCACCAUCGGCAUGGUGGAGAACGGCGUGUCGCUCACCUGCCGUUUCCACGUCACAGUCUUCAAGUUUAUCGGCGACUACGAUGAGGUGCACCUGCACUGCGACGUUUCGCUGUGCGACUCCGAAAGGCACGUCUGCAAAGUGAAUUGUCCGCCCAAACGGAGGAUGUCAUCUAAGGAUAAGAUGCUACAAGAUCACAUACUCAGUGUUGGGCCCAUUCGAAGACAAGUUUCGGACUGGUGCGAGGAGGACAACGGCGGCUGUGAGCAGAUGUGCACCAGUAAGGCGACCGCUCCAGUCUGUAGCUGCGUCACCGGGAUGCUGCAAGCCGACAGGAAGACCUGUCGGACUCCAAGUUCGAGUUGCAGACUCUCACCUGCGCUCCUUCUGCUGAGCGCCGCUGUUUGCUUGCACCUGCUUCUCCUUCGCUGACGCACAACCAGAAAAGACUUGAAUACGCAAAAGACUGUCGGUUUGAUUCAUUACUUCCACCUCAUUUUGUCCUUCACUGUUAAGAAGUCGAUUUUUAAUGUCAUCUUACUGGUGUGUUUUCUGUUAUCACCACUAGACGGCGAUGUAGGACGAACGUUUUAGUCUUCACAUGUCUAGCAACACAAAAGUGGGGGAACUAAGGCGGCGCUGAACGCUUUUAAAGUUCUCAUUUUCAGGGACUUGAAUUUUUUUUUUUAAAAAUUACACAAUUAAGUUGCAAUUUUAACAUUUGGAGAACAAAUUUCAAAUGUGAGCGUAAAGUCGUAGCAUUCCAAAGUCAUUAUUUUACAAAAAGAAAACAGUUGUAAUUUUGCAAGUAUAAAGUGGCUCACAUUCAACCCCCGAUUGUAACAAGGUUCCACAGCCCUGAUUUGUCGAGGGAUUGUACAGACGACAGUCUAGUAACACGUACUUCAGGAUCUUCCAUCAUGCAUGACUUUCGCUGUGUUGUCUAAACAUGGCGUAUGACGACGUCUAGUCUGCUUUCCUUUUUGCCGACUCGCAUGAGGUUGUGUGUUUUCAUUUUGUAAGGUUACACGCUUUUUUUUUGACUGAGAAUUAAUGAGCAAGCACAUACAUGCAAUCUUAAAAUUAUCAGUGUCAACUUUCAGUAUUUUUUCCGGAACAUUAAAACUACAUAUGAUAAUAUUACAAGUUAAUCCUAAUAACAUAUCCCCUCUAAUUUGUAACACGCUGCUUUCCUAUUGUAAUAUUACGACUUUAUUCUCAUAGCUAUUCUCAUAGCUAUGUGACCUAAUUCUUGAAAAUGUAUUACUUCCACCCAUUUGUUGACUCGUUCUUCUUUUGCACCAAACUCAUCCAGCAAUGAAAGUGUAGACGCGCCCUGAACGGAUGAUUGAAACGUAUGUCCCAAUUCUUUUGUCCAUAUACAAACAGUAAGAAAACAAGCAUACCGAUCGAGUUAUGUCACCAACUCAACAAAGCCUUUUACAUAACUCAAGUGGACUUAGCCUGUUGACCAGCCAUUGACUUUUUUUCCCUGAGGAUACUGAAUCUAUAGCAAGGUUAGGUUUUUUUUUUUCAAGAAACAAACAUUCUUAUUGAUUUAGGUGUAUAUAUACACAGGGCUGCACUUGUCUCACUUACAAGUUAAUAAAAAUAAAACACUCAAAACGUUAUCAUGCCAACACACCGAAGAACUGACCUUUGUUGGUCAUUGUUGAGCCGUUUAUGUAUCCGUGGUUACAUAAUAUUGUCGUGCGUGUGUGUGUCUUUGUGUGUGUUUGGAAUGCCUCUCGCUUUGCAUACUUUAAUUCACUUUUUGUUGGAAAAAUAUUACAAAAAAACUCAGCUAGUGUCUGAAAUACAUAAUUAAAAUUUCACCAAGGAUUGCAAAAGACAGUUGAAAAGGAAAGCGGGCGGAUUUGGAGAUUUAAGAUGGAUUCCGAAUCUAUCACUCCCAACAUUCACCUGCUGAGGGAAAAGACAAAAAUGUUAUCUGGGCUGUUAUGGCUUCCUCAAAACACUGUUAUGCAAGAGUCGUUAAUUUUAUUAUUACUUGCUCUGAUUUAUAUAGAUAGAGUCAAAGGCAGUUGUCGUAUCCGAACAUUUGAUUUCUUUUCAUUGGUUUGUGGCUGUGUUAUAUUUUUGAUUUAAACAUUAUGGCAAAAGAAAGAAGAUGGACAACAUUGGAGCUAUGUAACCUUUCUUUUUAGUGUGGCUACAGUUGUAAAUGAAACAAAAUUUGGACACACCGUGCAUGCUUUUUUUGUUAUGAGUAAUUUGUAAUAAAUUAGACAAAUGAAAGAACA